GUGACAUAGAAGAUGUCAGAGUUGGAAAAGGAAAGCUGCGCCAAACGGCUUAAAGAUUACGAGGUGAAAUUUAUCGGCCAAGACCGGAAUGGUAUCGCUAACCUAUAUGAUACCUGGAGUGCCACCACAUAUGAGAAGGACAUUGAUGCUGUGGAUCACCGGGGCAGGUUUGUUAUGAGCGAGAAGUUGGCACGUGUCUUUCAAGGCGACAAAGAGUGUGCCCGGAUACUCGACGUUGGGGCUGGUUCUGGAAUGCUCGCAGAAGAGCUUUUGAAUAAAGGCUUCAAACUGAUAGAUGCAUUGGACGGAUCACAAGGAAUGCUGGAAUUGGCCAAGUCCAAAGGAUUUUACCAGAAUUAUUUCUGCAACUUUAUAGAAGAAACCCAGGGAAUAAUAGAAGAUGAGACGUACGACAUUGUCUGCUCUCUUGGUGUCAUAGGACCCGGACAUUUAGAAUCGGCGGCUCUGGGGCAAAUGUUCCGAGUCACCAAGCCAGGAGGCCUGAUAUGUAUUUCCGGUGUCAAAGAACGAUGGGACGGUGACCCAGAAUAUCACCAGCGCAUGCGCAGUGUGAUAGCGGAACUAGAAGCGUCAAAAAAGUUGAAAAUGUUAGACGACUCUACAGUAAUCCAGUACUAUUUCUAUCAAUACUGGCAUCAUGGCGUUUUAUUACUCAUGCAGAAAAUAAAUAGUUAA